AAGGCCCGAGUCUACGUGUUCACAUGUACUAGCAGAUUUUGAUUGAGUAUCUUAAUGAAAACAUCUUCUAAAGGGAAUCAGAGAUGGCGAAAGGGAGUGUUUUUAAUUGGAAGUUUACUUAUCUAGGCAUAUUAGUCAUCUGUAUUUCUACAACCGCUAACGGAAUUGGAUUCACAGGAAAGCAUAUACGAGAUGUAAAAGAGAAACUGAAUUCCCAACUCAACUCGUACACUCUACUCCGACCGUACAGAUCCACUCCCGAGGGGGAGUUCUUCAAGCACUCGCUUGAUACAGAGUAUGAGGGCGGGCAAUAUGAAUACAGAGACAUUACCAAAGCUCGGCGAGAACGCCGCAGUUCAGAAUCCAUCAACCAGAAGAAUUUCCAUUUCAAACUAAAUGGAAACGGCAUAGACAUGAAUUUGAAUGUCACUACAAAUAGGUGGUUAAUCAAACCAGGACUUCAGAUAGAAUUUGUACACGACAACGUCACGACGAGAAAGAGUACGGUUUACAGGAAAUGUCACUAUUUUGGUCAAGUUGUUGGUGACCCCGAUUCAAGAGUAGCAAUUAGCACAUGUCAUGGUUUGCACGGAUGGAUCGCUCAUAAUCGAGAGGAUUAUUUGAUCGAGCCGAUUACAUUAGACUUCGAUCCUGUGUCAUCUGCCGGCCAACUUCACGUCAUCUACAAAAAGUCUGCAGUAAAAUCCAGCGAUUCAGACAACAGUGUUGGUAACAAAUAUGGAAUCGAUUUGUCAAACGAUAUGUUACUACUAAACGACACGAUCAAGAAAGCAAAGGAACAUAGGCAACGGAGGGCGCUGUCUCGAGAUCAAGUUUACACUAUUGAAUUGAUGGUGGCCGCAGAUUACACAGUGAUCAAUCUGCAAGGAGAGGCAAAAAUCGAAGACUAUGUACUGACAAUGGUGAACAUUGCAGACAGGGCGUAUUCGCAUCCUACGAUCGAAGCACAGGUCAACCUUGCAGUCGUCAGAAUUAUAGCAUUGGAUGAAAGAUCGUCAAAGUAUAUGAUAAUAGAAAGCAACAUGGCGUAUAGUCGUCAUCAGGUCUGUAGCUGGGCGACAACUCUACAGAGUUUGGACGAAACAAACAAAAAUCAUUUUGAUGCAAUGGUAUUCCUUUCAAGACGCAAAUCCCCACAGGCAGGUAUUGCCAUGGUAACGGGUAUGUGUAAAUGGACCCAGAACUGUGCGAUUGUGAAGGACCAGGGUUUACCGGCAGCUUUUAUUGUUGCUCACGAAAUCGGUCACCUUAUGGGGAUGAUGCACGAUACAACACGUAAUAACUGUUCCUACGAGUCGACGAUUGGAAGUAUAAUGGCGCCACUAGUUACGUCGAACUACAACAAGUACUUUUGGUCGAAAUGCAGCCGAGAUUCAUUGAAGGCUUGGAUGCAUGUAUUCACUUGCCUUCUCGACUCGCCAUUUGAUGCUGGCUUCCGGGAGCCUUCAGUGCACCCUGGGAAACUUUAUACGUUGAGUGACCAAUGUCGAUACGUGAUGGGAGAUGGGCAUGAGGUUUGCCCAUGGGCAGUAUCUUACUAUGGGUACGACCCGUGCCAGACCCUAUUGUGUCAUCAUCCGCAAAAUGGAUCCGUGUGCGCCCACGAUUAUGCAAUGUCCCCAGCCCUCGACGGCACACCGUGUGGCGAUCAAGGGUGGUGUAUGCAAGGCAGGUGCACGCGAACCAACAAACAGCAUGGUGGCUGGAGUAGCUGGACCGAAUGGAGUGGGUGUUCGUAUGGCUGUGGAGGAGGAGUCAGUAUACGAGUGAGGGAAUGUAACGACCCAGCACCACUUUAUGGAGGUGAUGACUGUGCUGGUGAUUACAUGGAAUAUAGAGUGUGUAAUGAGGCUGAAUGUCAACACACGAGGGAAGACAUUCGAGAAUUGUAUUGCGAGGGAAUGGGAGAGUACGAGAAUGUCAACACAGGGUCAACGGGAGUAUGGAAACCAUAUGAAAGCGGAACAUCAGGAGACGAAAGAUGUUCACUCUCGUGCGAAAAUCGCCUAAGUGGGGCUCGCAAGACUUUUGAUUUCACUGUGGUAGAUGGUACCCCUUGCUCCUAUGACAGCCAGGAUGACCUCUGUAUGGGGGGAAGAUGCAGGAAACUGGGCUGCGAUUUUGUGCUAGGCUCUACCCAGAGGGAAGACUCGUGUGGUGUCUGUGGGGGUGACAACUCUGCUUGUAUUUAUCCCGAGAAUAGAUACAAACAAAUAUUAACGAAAACUUUACAGAAAAUUUACACGUUUCCACGAAAUUCAAGGCACAUUGAAAUAAUUCGUCCCAAGUCUUCAUAUUAUCAUCUAGCAUUUCAAAACGCCGAAACGGGACAGAUGUUGUUUAACACCAAGGACUUAUACCAACGAAGCACUCAAAUAAUAGAAGCCCAUUCACGCUUUGUCGUCAGCAACUUGCCGAAAUCUCAACGCAUACUGACUAGAGGACCAUUAAGUUAUCCUAUCACGCUCUACGCUAAUCCUAUUUACAAUAACUCGGAAACCAAGUCAGACGUUACGUAUCGAUAUAUUAUUCAUAAAAAUCAAUUCGUUGAGAUAAGGACGACGGCCGCUCCUACUACAGAACCACCGGACACUUACACGUGGACUCCAAUUGGAUGGACAGAAUGCUCGAAAUCAUGUGAUGGAGGUUGGACAUAUUUUGAAUAUAAAUGCAUUCGUGGUAGUGAUGAAAAAACAGUGAAAAGGACAUUCUGUGGAAAGGGUGACUAUAACCCGAAGACUCUGCGUUCAGAGUGCAACGCACAUGAAUGUCCCGUUCCAAUUGUUCCUCAAGUUGUGGUAACGGAACAAGAUAUCGAACUGUCGAAUGCGACAUACCUGAAGGAGAGCAGUCUGAAUUUGCCUGCUACGACAAAGUUCCUAAUGACAUCCAAAGGUGCGAACUGGAAGAGUGCACAAGUAAUUCCCAGACGUGACAAGACAUCGGACAUAAUGUUACAGGGAAACCGAAACCCCCUAUACUCAGUGGACAGAGUAAUGCAUACAUUGACGACCACAUGUUCUGAAGAAUUAACAAGACAAAGUCAGUCUUGUUAUUGUUUGGCCAAGAUACUUGUAAACAAGAAGAAGUUUAAAUGUAUGCGUUAUUUUGUCUCACUGAGUAUAGAUAUUAUCAAUCGGUAUGAUUGGACCGUGUCAGACUGGCGUGAAUGUUCCUCACAAUGUGGACUCAGCGGAAGAAGCAGACGAUCGGCAAGAUGUACCCUGGUACAAGAAAACGGCAGAAGAGUAACAGUGCCCGAUGACCACUGCCAAAAUGCACCGCCUGCCACUACCCAGGCUUGUAAUAGAAGGCCGUGUCUGCCAUACUGGUAUGCAGAACCAUGGGGAGAGUGUGAUGGAACAUGCGGUCUUGGAGUUCAACAUCGAUCUGUAAAGUGUAUUGAACCGCCAGACGAACCUGAGAAACAGUGUAAAACAGAAAAACCUGCCGAAACGAGGCGGUGUAUCCUCGAUUCGUGCAUAAAAGGUUGUCAGGUUGUCAACAACCCUAUUUGCACCAUUAAUAUGUAUGAGAAAUACUGCAACCUACGUGGAUUCAUGGGAUUCUGCUGUCGCAGUUGUGAAGAAUUGCGUGUUAUUUAUGGAGACGACUAAGCCAGCCCACCAAACUCUCUACUACUGCAGCUUUGACCGGACUGAACACACUCAGGACUUUUGAACAGGACUAUGCUCAACAGCAUUAUUAUAUAACUGUUUCUAAUGAAUACAAAUGAAAUGUAUUUAAUUUAUAAACGUUUUCGCUCCGAAAAACCAUGCAACUUUGAUUACAUAAAGUUACUUUUUUUUAACUUUGUGAUAUUUGGAACAAAAAAAAACUUGAUUUUCUGUUGUUGGAAGUUAAACUACUUUGUAUUAAAUGCUAGAUUAUGGAUAUUUA